CCCUUCGCGGGAGUUCAUUCUGGCGUUCUUUGGGGCACCCGGCUUGCGAAGGGCUGCGCCGGCCUGCCCGGCUGUCUCCGCAGAAGCCACGCUCAUCCGCCGUCCGGAGCCAUGCUGAGGAGCUGCGCCGCGCGCCUGCGCACGCUCGGGGCCUCUCGGGGAGGUGCGCGCGGCCCGGGAGCUGCGAGGAGAUCAUUUGCUUCUGAGGAAGUUGUUGACAAGGACUGUGCUCUCCCCAACCCCAGCUGGAGCAAGGACUUACGACUUCUCUUUGACCAGUUCAUGAAGAAGUGUGAGGAGGGCUCAUGGAAGCGUUUGCCUUCCUACAAACGGAGCUCUACUCAGAAUUUUAAAGACUUCAGAACCCAUUAUGUUGACCCAAAGCUUCUGAAAGAAGAACAAAUGUCAGAGGCCCAGCUUUUCACCAGAAGCUUUGAGGACGGCCUAGGCUUUGAGUAUGUGAUGUUCUGUAACGAUGCCGAGAAAAGAGUUGUUUGCUUUUUCCAAGGAGGCCCUCGCUUGCAGGGAGUACCUGGAUUCACACACGGUGGUGCCAUCGCAUCCAUCAUCGAUGCUACCGUUGGUACCUGUGCAUUUAGAGCCGGAGGAGUUGUCAUGACUGCCAACCUCAACAUCAAUUAUAAAAGACCUAUUCCCCUUUGUUCUGUUGUUGUGAUAGAUGGCCAACUUGAUAGAGUUGAAGGAAGGAAAUUUUUUGUUUCCUGUAGUGUUCGAAGUGUCAGUGAGGAGACCUUGUACUCAGAGGCAACAAGCUUAUUUAUAGCACUGGACCCUAAUAAAAAACUGACUUAGAAGAGCUUCUGGUGAAUUCCACCUCACUUUCUGUGAGGCUUCCCCUUCUCCAGAAGAGGAGGUGCCCCCACUCCUGCACUACGGAUGCGCGGGGAAGCUGCUGACACUGACCUUCGGGAACAGCCUUCUGAGCACCACUCCCGGAGCCCCCUUUCCACCUUCUAACCUUUUUAAGAAGAAAUACUCCCGUGAGAGUACUGGCAAUUCUGUGUAACUCCUUAGGGUACCUGUGUGGGGCUCCUGAAAUUUGAAUGGGCUCCUUAAAGUUGCACAACCGUGGCAUCUGCCCCACCUCAGACUGAAGACAAAAAUCUGUGUUGAAGCUUGCGCUGCAAACUAGGAAAUGCUAGACAACCGAAAAAGGAAAUACGUGGGAUUGUGUGUAGGUGUACACAUGUGUGCGUAUGUACGUUGUAAAUUACAAAGCCAUCUUCGUUGUAUCUGAACAAACAUAUCUUUUGGCCAGGGUGGGAACACAGCUGGUUCCUAUAAGAAUGGAUACCUCAGAUCUCUUGCCUAGAGUUCUACGGAUUAAACCACUGUACUUUUUUUAACA